CAACACGAGAUACCAGGAUGUUCAGCUUGAAGACACUCUGUCUGUGCUCGAAUGCAAACAAGAAGCUAGGAAGAUGACAUUUUGGUUGCCCUAAAAUGUUUCGGGGGCAUGCCUUUAUAAGAGACUUGCAAGAUCAGUGAAUUGUUCAUUGGAGGAGGAGGAUUCUAACAGAUGGAGAAACAUGUACUUCUGUCAUGGUUUGACGAUGGCAGGAAAUGGAAUUUGGACUGAUCACUCCGGAUGUGGAAAGUUGUUGGUAAACACCAUGUCAAUGGGAACCGUAUGGUUGAACCUUUUCCAGAGGGAAUGCACAUGGCAAUAUUUGGUAUGGGCUGCUUCUGGGGAGCAGAAAGAAAAUUUUGGCGACAAAAAGGAGUCUACUCAACUCAAGUGGGUUAUGCAGGAGGACAUACCCUAAAUCCUACCUAUGAAGAGGUCUGUUCAGGAAAAACUGGCCAUACCGAAGCUGUGCGAGUGGUAUAUCAGCCGGAAACCAUCAGUUUUGAGAAACUACUCAAGGUCUUCUGGGAGAAUCAUGACCCGACGCAAGGGAUGCAGCAGGGGAAUGAUUGUGGCACGCAGUAUAGAUCUGCCAUCUACACGUACUCCUCAGAACAGAUGGAAGCUGCCUUGAGAUCUAAAGAAGCUUACCAGAAGGUAUUGACAGAGAAUGGCUUCGGUGCAAUCACAACUGAAAUUCAUGAAGCCCCAGAGUUCUACUAUGCUGAAGAUUACCACCAGCAGUAUCUAAGCAAGCGCCCCAGUGGCUAUUGCGGACUGGGAGGCACUGGGAUUUCUUGCUCUAUUGGUGGGAAGGAGUGAGCUUUACUUAUACAAUGAUGCUCAA